GUAUGCUUGUGCUUUAAGGGGUUCCCAGGUCAAUACCAGGUGGUAUAAAACAUCCCUUCCUGACCAGUCUUUGCAGACCUUUUCUAACCCUUUUGGUCCAGGACGCUGCCUUUCUAUAGGAUGAAGCCAACUUCUUGCUUCCUUCUUAUCCUCAUCCUCCUUCUUCAGUUGAUAAUCGCAAGGGGUUCUCAGUGUUCCUUAGACUCCCUUGUGGACAAAAAGAUAAAGGAUGCUCUCAAUCGUCUAGAGCUCAAUCCCUCUGCUCCAAGAAAGAGGAUCUCAUGUUUCAGUGUCAAAAACUCAGGCAAACUGUCUUCCUGCCCUGCAGGGACCGUUGUCACUGGCUGUGCUUGUGGCUAUGCCUGUGGUUCCUGGGAUGUCCAGCAUGAAACCACAUGCCACUGCCAGUGCAACACAGCAGACUGGACCGCUGCCCGCUGCUGCCGCCUGACAUGAGAGGGAGGAGAAUGAAAAUCUAAUUGUCUGACAGUUACUAUAUUGAAACCAUGAUCCCAACCAGAAAAACUGACUCAAACUAUCCCUUUUAUUUGUUACAACUCUGCUUCUUGGGUAAUAAAAUUUUUUUUUGCAUCUUUC